GUUACCAUUUCCCUCCUCAAAUUUAAUUUCAUUACCAUUUUCACCACACACCCCGAAUAUGAAGUCAUAAAAUUGAAAAAAAAUUAGAAUCCUGAGAUGUGAAAAGCUAAAAAUCAGCAACAAACAGAUCUUCCAUGAAAGAUACCUUCAAAAAAAGAUUGUGUUUUUAGUCCGUACACUGUUAAAGGACCAAUUACCCACUUAAUAAAACCCAUUCUUUUUUUCAUUUUGGUUCUUUUUUCUUCAGUUUUCAGAAGAACAAAAAUAAAAUAAAAAAUACAGGGGUGUCUGUGUAGUGAGUAGAAAAAAUGUUGGAAAUAAGAGAUGGGUAUUGUUGUUUUCCGAAGGAGGUUGUUGGUGUUAAUGUGGGUCUGGCUUUUGUUCAUUGCAUUAUUGCUUUUCUUGCAUUUUAUCAGCUUAUAAGGAUUCAUUCGAGGAACUCACAGCUUGGUUGGACUCGACAAAAAGUGUUUCAUGUGUUAAUUGGAUCUUCUAAUACAGGUUACUUCAUUUUUUUCAUCAUUACUGUCAUUGCUAUCUGUAAACGGUGGCUGUGCUGGUCUCAUUCUUGUGGCUUUAUCUUCAUGGCCUUACCAAAAAUCCUGUCUUUUGCUGUAUUUCUUCUGCUACUAUCAUUCUGGGUUGACCUUCGCCAUCAAGCAGACGAUGAAGAAUGUGAAGAGGAAGAAUUUAGUUUUCAUGAAGCACUGUUAGAAACAAGAUUCGAUGUCCAAAAUUCAAUACAUGCAGAUAGUCUACGUGUAUGUUUACCUUUUCGGUUAACCCGUGUUGGAAGCCGUCAAAAACUUGUGAUUUGGGUUACUGCUAUUGUAUUUAUUUUGAUGAUGGCAUUUGCUGUGCUAAUGUGGAUUGGGAUGGAUUACAGCUUUAUCAAUUCAUCAUUUCUAGCCACGGUGUAUGUGUAUGUUUUUGCCAUCGCAUCACUAUUACUGGGAGGAGCAUUAGCAUGUUAUGGACUUUUAAUAUGUUCGAAAAUGAGAAGAGUUAGAUCUGAAAGAGCUUCUUCGGAAAUGUGGAAGGUUGCAGGCUUGGCUAUUGUUUCUGUUCUUUGUUUCACUUCAAGUGCUUUUGUUGCUCUUUUUACUCAAAUUCCAGUCCUCUAUUACUGCCAAAAUCUUGACAAAAGUGGUGUUUUUACUUCUCUUUUACUGAUUUUAUAUUACUUCAUAGGUUCUUCGGUACCGUCAGCAUUUGUGCUGUGGAUCAUGAGGGAACUUCCACCUGCUAUAGUAGCUAAUGUACAUGAAGAAUCUAGAACAAUUGCUUACGUCACUGACAGUUCAACUGUCGUACAUAAUUCUCAGCGUUGGACGACUGCGACAAGCUUGCAGAAUCAGAUAUCAAGAGGUAGUCCUAUAUAAAGUUGCAUUAACCGGAGCGCCUAAACAGAGUAAAAGCGUGCGUGCCUGCUAAAUUCGAAGGACGCUGGAAUUUUGAACAAGUGUUGCGAAAUAGAGUUAGAACUGGAGUCCUGAAGAAGAAGAUGAUGAAUUACAUCCAUGACAAAGCAGACAGGGUUGAACCGUAAGGUUGCCAUUGCAAUAUUCAGAUAUUGUAAAUAUAUAUUACCAAACACAGCUUUGCUAAAUAGGGGAAUUCCCCCUCUCUAUUUAUACAAGGCAUUCUUUGUUGAUGCAUGUUAUUUUGAAAGAAAUGUGCAAAUGGUGUCGGAACUUUUCAAUUUAAUCGAUUUUAGUGUUCUAACUUAUUUUUUACUCAA